CUGUCAAAAGUGUCAAAAUCAGUCAACAAAACAAAAAAACAGGAUUUCCAUCCAAUACCCCAAAACCAUAUAAAAUCAAUAAAAUUAAUGUAAAAAGGACAUUGUUCAGACACAGAUAUGACUAAAUUAGUAAACAAAGAUGCCGCGAGGUUAAAUCCAUGCUUAAAGGAGCAAGAGCAGUCGUAUCAGUGCCUGAACAAAAAUGGAUUUGAUCAGGCUAAAUGCGAGGUCUACUUCGAUAACUACAAUAUCUGCAAAAAGUUCUGGGGCAAAGUGUACCAAGACAGAAAAUCCAAAGGAUUACUACCAUACAUACCCGACAUAGAUGAUAGAGAGAGAAUCAAAGAAGAGUACAAGAAAUCUGUAAGAUUUACUUAAUUGAAUUCCAGACAAGAUACAUUUGUAUACCUACUUUGGAACAUGUAAAUAAAGACCGAUUUAAUAUUGAAUAAAAAUACUAUUCAAUGUUUAAUCUCUACCAAGCCAACUAAGAAAUAUUUUAUUAUUAUAGUCAGUUUAAACUUUGGGGGCAUUUGCAAUAGUUUUAAGUAUUUUUAACUGAAUACACUAAUUUAUACAGAA